AAUCAUAUACCCCUUUGGUAUUAGCGGAUCAUUUUGGAUUAUGAAGGAUUAUCUUCUUGAGUUUUCUGACUAGUCCGACAGACCUGGGAAGACAGGUUUAAGUUGGCGAGUCUCUCGCAUUGUCCUACGAUAGUUUAAUUAUAGCCGGACGGGGCCGGACAGCCUAGGCUCUCCCAAAAUAAUGAUUGGAUCAGCCGUGUCCGCUUUGCGCCCCUCUAACGGGAUCCCCAGGGAUAUUGCUACUUCGUUCCUCGUGGUUGCUUAUGAACAGUGGUCCCUUGAGUCUUAGACUUAGGCUGUAACGUAAAUUUUGACUCUAACCUAUACAGGGUUCUUGAACGUUUAUAGUAUUCUUAUUUGAGACAAGUUUUUCAUGCUCUGUAAGUCAUUGAUCUGUGAUUUUAUUUAUUGCUCUCUGGUCAUUCUCGUGAGCGUUGAAGUAUUACAUUUUAUAACGGCUUCUAUGUUAAUUUUUUCUUAAGAUGAAAAUAACAAUUGGCAUCAAGCAGUAGGAGGUAUGGACCAGUACCAUGGUAUGCAGGAUGGGAAUAUAAACAUAAGUGAUGUCAUUGAAGUUAUCCAGACAACGGAUCCUGGAUUUGUGGAGUGUAACGGUGGUGAAACUGUGGGAAUGAUAUCAGGAGGAGGCGUAGAGGUUGCAAAGCCAACCAGAGGUGCUGACAAUGGAAAAAGUGGAAGCCGGAGUCAGCCUUAUGUAGAAAUUGUUCAACAGCCAGCUAGUAAGGCACUGCGUUUUCGAUAUGAAUGUGAGGGCCGAUCUGCAGGCAGUAUACCAGGUGUUAACAGUACACCUGAAAACAAGACUUUUCCUAGCAUACGAGUAGUAGGUUACAAGGGUCGAGCUAUUGCAGUGGUUUCGUGCGUAACCAAAGAUGUUCCGUACAGACCACACCCUCAUAAUCUUGUUGGGAAGGAUGUCUGCAAACGUGGAGUAUGCACUGUAGAAAUAGCAUCGGAGAACAUGACUGUCACAUUUGCCAAUCUUGGCAUUCAGUGUGUCAAGAAAAAGGACAUCGAAGAAGCGCUUAGGAUUAGAGAAGAGAUACGCGUGGACCCCUUUCGAACGGGCUUUGACCAUAAGAGACAACCCACUAGCAUUGAUUUGAAUGCUGUCAGGUUGUGUUUUCAAGUGUUCCUCGAAGGAGCAGAAAAAGGGAAGUUCAAUGUUUCCCUGCCUCCAGUUGUCUCCGAUCCAAUAUAUGAUAAAAAGGCAAUGUCAGAUCUGGUGAUCUGUAAACUUAGUACAUGCAGUGCAUCGGUUGCGGGAGGUACCGAGAUGAUGCUCUUCUGUGAAAAAGUUGCAAAAGAAGACAUCCAGGUACGAUUUUUUGAGGAACGAGAUGGUCAGCUAGUCUGGGAAGGAUUUGGAGACUUUCAGCCAACCCACGUCCAUAAGCAGGUUGGAAUCGCCUUCAGAACACCAAGCUACCGAAUGCAGCAGGUGGAUCAGCCGGUGCAGAUAUUCAUCCAGCUGAAGAGGCCAUCGGACGGUUCCACGAGCGAUCCUCUACCCUUUCAGCUGUUGCCGCUAGGUUCAGGUAGGCCCGCCUUCUGGUCCCUGCGCAAAGCCUUUGCCAGGAAGAAGGCCGACUACAACACUUUCGGAAAAAUCCUCGCGACAGAGGCAGCACUGCUGUCCAGCUCGACGCCAAAACUCUCGCGCACCAUCGACGAAUUUAAUAACAAUGAUCUCGAAACAAAACGUUCGCAUCACAAGAUAUCCGCGUUGCGCGCCUUGAAUGAUCUUUAUCAUGUAAAAAAUGGCUUAGACUCGCGUAACGGUAAUGACAACGAAUCCAAAAUGGAUUCUACGAAUACAAAUAACUAUUCUAGAAAGGAUACAGUACAUUUUGAAAAUAACGAUAUCACUGUAGUGGCAGAGAAGAAAUCCGGGCAACAGCCUACGGAAUUUUUUGCUAUAAAAAGCAAUGUCGACCUAGGCAAUCCUGGUACUGUUAAUGAUAACGAGCAAAAUAAUGCUAACAUAAUUAAAGUUAAUAUCAAUGAAAGUGCCAUAGUUCCAGAUUCCACAGACGUAGCAAAAGGUAGAUCCGAUUGGUUCGAUUACUCAGAGGUUGGCAAGUGGGUGCAAAGGGGACAGGAUUGUUUAAAAGAAAAGGACGUAGACGAUGGUAAAAAUGAUCCAGACGAUAGUAGCAAGUCCCUUAACGAAUUGCUGAAUCAAGUUGCUGAGAUCGAUCAGAUCUAUGCCGACACUCAUACUAAAUUAUUACAAGCUGCCCUGGAGCAAAAUUUAACCGAACGCGAAAUGGAUGUAGACGUCUGCGACAACCAGACGUACACGAGUCUUCAAAUGGCUAUGAAGAAUCCUGUGGAGCUCUUUGAUAUACAAGACGACAGGAAGUACGAGGAUGUUGUGAUACCCAACCAAGAACCUAUGAUAACGAUAUCGCCACCUCCACCUCCGCCUCCCUUAGCCACCAAACGAGACGUUACCAGAGAGUUUGAGGAAAGACUUCCACCACUACCUCCUAAACGAAUUCGCAAGAUGCCUUCAAUGCCAGCUUUACCACGUCCGACUUCCUCGCAGACGCUUAACGAAUCCUCUGUAGAGGCUCCUCAUAAGAAUCUACCAUCGCUUCCUGGCACUUUACCCAAGCAAUCGAAGCAGAGUCUAUUCUCUAAAUUAUUUGCCAAGAAACCUAAAAAGGGCUCAAUGUCUGAUGCUACCAGAGAGAGCAGCAGGUCUCUGAACGUGACAGGUAGUUUAAAUUCCUUGACCAAGGCCAGUGCUCAGGAUCUGUCUCAGGAAGACUCUCAGCAACUACCUAGACCAAGUAUGGCUAGUGUUACCAGCGUUAAAUCCUUGAGACUCGAUGGCGAUGAGACUCCUCCCUAUGGCGUGGAACUUACCGAAGCUGAACACUAUGCUCUUUAUACUGCAAUGGCGCCACAUGCUACAGCCUCUGAGUUCGACGAGAUGUCCUUUUAUUACAGUCCUGUGGAAGGCGGCAAGAUCCUUACCGACGGCAAGGAGACAUAAGUCAUUAUUUAUCUUUAUCUUGUUUGAGUGCAUAUACUGCCACAUAGCGUUGAUGUAUUUUCAAAAAUUAGACGUUAGGAUACCAUGGAAACGCGGCUGCUGACAUCUGUAGAAAUGUCGAGCCUUGCCUCUUUUUGUGCAAAAUAUUUCUUGACAUGUAAAUUUGUCUUACUGCCUCUCGAAAUUCAGUCUGUCGAGAGCAAGAAAAUUCCCUGAUCUUCUCAGGGAAUCUUUAGCUAAGUAUCGUUUUUUUGUUUUAUUUUUGGAAAAAACGAUUCAUCUUAGUUUGUUAUUAUCGUUGAUAUUCUCUUAUUUUUUAUUGGAUCUGGUCUAAUUCGAUUAGUCGAUCUAGCCGAGACAGACCCGUUAAUUGUUGUGUUAACGCUUGUUGCGUCUCUGGAAGAAGUGCAAAAAUUCUAGUCACACAUUUUGCUUUAUCUAGUCAUCCUAGGAUUCGUUCUCCAUGUAGACAAUCAAUUUGAUUAUUUCGAUUUACUUUCUAGUCAAGACAUCCUAAUGUUAGAUUCAUUAUGUUUUUAUCAUUGUAUUCCUAAUUUGUAUCGCGUUGUUAAGUUUCGUACGUUUAACUGGUGUUUACCAAAUUUCAGUAUCGCCUGGUGCUACGAGGUGUCACUUUUUAUAACAAAAACGUUCGCCGAUUGCCGAUCGGUUUGUAACGAUAGAAAUUGUUGCUUGGAUUUCUUCUAUUGUUAAUCGUCACAUAAAGAUUAACUCGCGAGUGAUCUAAAGGAUCCUAAGAGAAAAUUGUAGCUCGACAAAAACAAAUGUGUUAAGUGAACGAGCGAAAGUGGCGGAAAACUACGGUAUGCGCGCCGUUUGUAAUUUUUAUUGUCUACUUUUUGUCCUCUGCUGCGCAUCCCGUGAUACGUAUGUUAAUUGAUAAGCGAAUUUUUGAUUUUCGAAACGUGAGGCCUUCCUUUUUCUAACGUUUGUAUAACGUAUCGUCGUUCCUAGAUGAUCCCGAUUCGUUAAGGCGAAAGAGGCAAAAGUUUAAUAAUGGUCCAGGCGCGCUUGUCUUGAAACACAUGAAAGCGGAAGCUGAGAAACGUGAGUAUCCGCAUUGUGUACCUCGCAUCGUUUAUAUCUUUAUUACGCAGCUUGCCUGGUGCUGGUUAUCUAGGUGGUACUGGUUGUCAUGAUAAAAUUAUGAGAACAUUGUUCUAAACAAAAGAGAUAAAUAAUAACAAGAGAACCAUGCACGAGAAAUCUAUAUCUGCUGCCCAAAAAAAGGCCAAAAAUUGUCUGUUUCAAAAUUCAAAUUCGGCAAUAAUUAAUCUCGUAGAAUGUUGGCACAACCGGCGUGGGAGCUUUUGCGAUUUUUCUGCAUGGAUUCUCCAAAGAUCAUCUCAUUGUGGUAAUGGUGUUUGUGUUACUACGUGAAGUCGUUUUUUGGAAUUUCAUAUUUCUCGUGUUCCUGCGCAUUGUAAGGGAAGAGGAACAAAAAUAAGAGUUGUAUUUUUUUUUUUUGGAGGAUUUGUCGUACUCGCGAAUGGACAGAAAUUGUAUACAAUGUGAGAGGGAUGAAAAUUUUUUGGAAUUUGAAAUUUGCGAUUAAAUAUGUAUAUAUAUAUACACAAAUAAUUUUGCAAUAUACAUAUAUACAUAUACUGUAUAUAAAUAACGAGAAACUCUAUAAUCCUCGUUCUUUAUGGUGGCAGUAAAAAAUGGCAAGAAUCCAGUUGCUGUUUUCAAAUGAAAUAUUUUUUAUAUACUAAUAACAUGCGGUCGAACAUAUUUCCUCGCCUUCUUCAGCUAUCAUAUGCACUGACUAACCACACACACCGAUUAGACUCUUCCUUCACUCUGAAAGUCUCUGGGAAUCCUGCAAAAUGGAAGUUUCUUGCGAAAACACCACAAGACCCAGCAUGUCGGACGCAUCGUGUUUUGCUAUUCUUGCUCUCGAUAAUAACGAACGGUAAAGAAAAAACGCACUUUUGUCAGUCUCUUGUAUAAUUUUAUCAAAUUCAUUGUAAUUCAUGCUCAAAAUGAAAUCUUUCGGGAGUCCACUUUCAUAGUGCAAGAGGGGAUUAAAGGACAAGAUACUCGCGCGGCAAUUAGAGAAAGAAAAAUUGUAUUAAAAAGUACGACGUAUAUACAUAUAUAUAAUAUAUAUAUUUUCACACGA